AUGGCAAAGUUCGAAUGGUUACCUAAUGAAAUUUUACUUGAAUCAUUUAAAUAUCUUGAUGAUGUCCAAUUAUUUUGUGCUUAUUAUAGUCUUAAUUUUCGUUUUGACACACUUCUUUCAAUACAUUUUCAAUCUUAUCAUUUUGAUUUUCGAUCAAUAUCUAAACAAAAAUUUCAUCUUAUAUGUCAACAACAUCUUCCAUAUAUUAUUGAACAAGUUAAAUCAUUAUAUCUAUCAAAUGAUGAUGAAACACCAAAUUUACCUGAAAUAUUUUAUUCUUAUAAUUUUACAUUGAAUAAAUUUUCUUAUUUACAAUAUCUUUCAAUUGAUUCUAUUCAUUGUCUUUCAACAUUAAAUCGUAUCACAUUUGAAUGUCGUACAAUUCCAUAUUUAACACAUCUUUAUCUUAUUAAAUGUGAUUUUAAAGAUCAAACGAAAUUUUCUUCUUUAAUUGAAAAUAUUUGGAAUUUAUCAAAAUUAAUUUUAUGUCAAAUUGAUCAUCGAUUUCCAUAUGAAUUAAAAUUUACUAAUAAUUCAAUAAUAUCAUCAACUAUCAAAUAUCUAUUUGUUGAGAAUUUUCAAUUUAAUUCCGAUGAUUUAAGAAAUUUAUUUCAAUCGACACCUUCGCUUGAACAAUUCCAUGCAAGUAUUAUACAACACAAUGAAUACGAACAAUUUCACAUUAAUUCUUCAUCAAUUUGUUCAUUAAAUAUUUCAUUUCGUAAACCAUUUGAUUCAAUGUUGAAUUUUUUUAAAAAUUUUUCCAAUUUAAAUCGUUUAACAAUUAAAACUCAUUAUCUUUAUUUAAAUGGAAAUGAAUGGAAAAAAAUAAUUAAAAAUUAUUUAUCUAAACUUGAAAUAUUUCAAUUAAAAAUGGAUUUGAAAUUUUCACAUCCAAAACAUAUUGAAGAACAACUUAAUGAACUUUUAAAUUCGUUUCGAACAUCAUUUUGGAUUAAAGAACAUCAAUGGUUUGUUCAAUGUGAUUGGUUUCUAUUAGGUAUAACAAAUUAUGCUGUAUUAUAUACAUUACCCUAUGUAUUUCAAGAAUUUAUUCUUACAAAUAAACAAUGGUCAAAAUCAACUCUUAUUGAUAAUGAUCAAUAUCAAAUCUAUGAUCAUAUUACUAAUCUUAUUAUUAUGAAUGUUGGCACAAUUCCUUAUUUUCGUAAUGUUCAACAUCUUAAAAUAAAUCUUCCAUUGACAAAUCAUUUUUGGUCAUCAAUUAGAUCAUUCGAUCGAUUAAUUUCACUUGAAAUAAUAUUUUUUCAAGGUUGUUUUUCUAUUCCAUUACAAAUUUUACUUGAUCAAUCACCUCGUUUACAUUCUUUAUGUUUUGGAAAUUUUUCUGAUUUAGAAAUUCUAACAAAAUUAACAAGUAAAUCAAUUGUUCGACUUGAUUUUUUAAAGAAAAAUACAUAUAAAAAAUAUUUUACUAAUACACAAUGCUCUCUAUUAAUUCGUUCGCCACUUGGAUAUCAAUGUAAAAAUCUUUUAAUAUACUUAGAAAAUCGAAUGAAUAUUAUUCAACUUAUCAAAAAUAUGAAUAAUCUUCAAUCAAUCAUUUGUCAAUGUAAAGAUGAUAAACUUAAUGAUGAAUUUGUUCAAUGGUUACAUCGUCAUCUACCAUCAACAUAUUCAAUUAGUAGAGAUUUAAAUCAAUUGUCGAAUAUUAGGAUAUGGAUUGAUUAA